UUGUGGGAAUAUCGUUGCGACGGACGCUUUAUUAUGAUUUUGUGUAUUUAGUGAUAAUCUUGUCCUCCUUUCCUGUUAUACGGCCAGAAUAACACCAAUAUUGAUACAGUUAUCAUGGCUGACGACGCCGAGUUGGAGGAGCUUUAUGCUUGGGUAGACAGUAUACCACUCAGCAGACCAAAGAAAAACAUAGCCAGGGACUUCUCUGAUGGAGUCUUGGUAGCCGAGAUUAUUCACAAUAAAUUCCCUACUCUGGUGGAUCUACACAACUACUCCACUGCCAAUUCUACAGAGAAAAAAUUGCUCAACUGGAAAGUUCUCAACAGAAAAGUUUUGAGCAAACUAAAUUUCACACUGGGUGAUGAUGUCAUUGGAGAUAUUAUCAUGGCAAAAGCUGGGGUGAUUGAAAAAUUCUUAAUGAUGCUCAGACGCAAGCUCGAGCGAGCAGAGUGGGAACUGACCAAACAACCUCUUCAGUCUACACACCGAGCCAAAGGUGGACGUCGGCCAGAGAACGACAAGCCUGAGGCUGAUCAGUAUAUAGCUGCUCCUGGCCGGGGAGUAGAGAAGAAAAAUCAGAGCCCUACAAGAGGGGGGCCAGAUUAUUACCCCGACCCUCCUCGACGGAAACCUAUUGGAUCUAAUAAACUAGAUGAAGAUAAUGUUCCUAGGAUUCUAUUUGAGGAAAAAGUCCAGGAGAGUUUGUCCAAAGAUGAAACCAUUGAGAUCUUACAAGCAAAGAUAAAAAGAAUGGAACAUUUGCUUCACCUGAAAGAUGUCCGAAUUGAUGACCUGCAGAGCCGAGUAGAGAAAAUACGGCCGACAGGAAGCAUUGUACGGCGAUGAACACUAAAAUCUCCAAGAAAAACAAGUCCUCACAGAAAUUUAUAUAGAAUCUCUGUAUGCUUAUCUUGAAUCAUGAUCAUAUACUGGUAGCUUAUAAAUCCCAACUGUAUCUUCAGAAAAAUGAAGUGAUAUAGAAAUGUGCAAUUUAUAUUGAUAAGUUUAUUUUUUUAUGGUAUGCUUGCAUUGCUUGAGAACUGGAAAAAUAUGCCAUGUCAAGUAUUUUCAAUUUUUUUAUUCUGCAUAUGUAAUAGAAAUUAUUCUCAUACCAUACUAUUCGCAUGUACAAAAAUGAAAAUAUGCUACAAUAAUUAUAAGCCUAGUGUAAGUAGAGCUUCAGUCUCUGCACAGAUGUCAGGUUACUAGAUCAUUUAAUCUGUCAUUAUAAAUCCAGUCCAGCAACUUAAAUCCAUUCACUCUCCUAUUAAAGUUUUUUCGUCAUCAAGAUUUUUUUAAACAAAUAUUUAAACUUAAUUAACAGAUUGAAAAAAUGUAAUUAGACCAAAGACUAUAUGUGCUUUGUUUUUUUGUUGUCACUGCUUGUUUAAGGGAAUACUGUAAACCAACUUUUAUUCGUGACGACUUUAUUUCGCGAUUUACCGGGGGUAAACUAGUUCGCGACGACUAAUUUUUGCGAUCAAGCCUUUUUUGGAUCUGUUGUUUAAAGAAAGAGAGAGUUUAAGGACCCGUUCGCUGCGAGAAAUAUUUGCGAUGACGAGGCUCUCGCGAACCUCGCGAUAAUUUCUCGCAUGCGAAUAAAAGUUGGUUUACAGUAUGUGUAGAUCACAUUAUUGUAUUUGUAUACAUUUGUGUUAUCAUCUUAUCAAAAUAAAAAUAAAUACAUAUUAAAUGUAUAUAGUAUCAACCAGUGACUUUUGAUUUCCUCCUUGUGCAUAUUAUUUGUGUAAUAGAGAGGGAGAGGGUGGAAUUAUUUUGAAAUUACACUCAUGCAUGUUUCUCAUUUUUGAAAAUGAUAUUUAAUUUAUUCUAUAAUAGACAACUAAAAAUCUUAUGAGUAUUGAUGAUAAAUUAUCCCAUUAUGAGUUACACGAUUGCAAAUUAGUGCAUACAUAACUUUGUACCAGGUAGUAGAUCAGUACUUAAUUACUGCCAAAGAAUUAGUUACUCUGUUGUUCAUAUAAAAGACCAAUCUUCUUCCCUUUUAUGUCUUAUUUAUCUUGAAUAAA